GCUCAUUGACUGCUGUACCUGCAGUGUGUGUGUGUGUUUCAGACACCGGACAGCUAGUCGGCUAGCACACUGACAGAAAGCUAAAAACAUAACAACGGUUUUCCUCGUUAGUUCAACCACGUCCUCGUCCUGAACGUCGCCCCGGUAACCAGCUCACACCGUAGCCGUAAACUGUAAACCAUGGUUGGCGUCAAAGUGAUCGGCAGCGACCCGGACUUCCAGCCGGAGCUAGCGGCCGCCGGCCCCAGGCUCGCCGUGGUGAAGUUCACAAUGGCCGGGUGUCGGCCCUGUGUCACGAUAGCUCCAGGGUUCCAAAUGUUGAGUAACAAGUACCCGCAUGUGGUCUUCCUCGAAGUAGAUGUUCACGUGUGUCAGGCGACGGCGGCGGCCAACAACAUCUCAGCCACACCGACGUUCUUGUUCUUCAGGAACCGGGUUCGGGUGGAUCAGUAUCAGGGGGCGGACGUUGCAGGUCUGGAGGAGAAGAUCAAACAGCACACAGAGAACGACCCGGGAAACAGUGAGGAUUCCGACAUUCCAAAGGGAUACAUGGACCUCAUGCCUUUUGUCAACAAAACCGGCUGCGAGUGCCUCAACGAAAGCGACGACUGUGGCUUUGAAAACUGCUUAGUCAAAGACUCGUCCUACCUGGAGUCUGACUGUGACGAACAGUUGUUGAUAACGAUGGCCUUCAGUCAGCCAGUGAAGCUCUUCUCCAUGAAGCUACAAUCGUCAGACUUUGCCCAAGCCCCUAAGAUGGUGAAGGUGUUCAUCAAUCUCCCUCGGUCGAUGGGCUUCGACGACGCAGAGCGGAGCGAAGCUCUUCAAGCUCUGGAGCUGACGGAGGAGGACUGCAAAGAGGACGCUCUGAUCCCGCUGCGCUACGUCAAGUUCCAGAACGUACAGAGUGUUACGAUCUUUGUCAAAUCGAACCAAGGAGACGAGGAGACGACAAAAAUCAACUACCUGACAUUCAUAGGCACACCAGUACAGGCCACCAACAUGAACGACUUCAAACGGGUUGGUGGGAAGAAAGGAGAGAGUCACUGAACAGGAGGAGGAGGAGGAGUCUCACAUCCAAGGACUUUCAACUCUGCCAAAGCUCUCACACACACACACACACACACCCUCUCGGCCUCCGGCUGUCCUCCUCCAGCUCUGAGUGGAUCCUCUCUGGUCGUCUGUAGAGUCGAGACGUACAAAAUGAUUUGUAUUGUAAUUCUGAUGGAAAAACACUGUAAAUAAAACAUGAUCCUUUUUCAAAGGCA